AUGCUAGACUACACUCCAACCUCGCCAAUCUACAGCUGGACUCUGGUGAUCCUCUCAGGCUCCUCAAUCAUCUGCUUCACCUUCAACACCAUCCUCUCGAUUCAUCUCAAAUAUUAUCGCAACAAUUUCCAAAUCAUCCACCAGCUUCUCUAUUUUUCCACACUUUUCAUGCUUUUCCCGGUGUUUGCUAGGAAUUUGAUGUUUUUGAUUGGAAGACAAGAAGAAGAUUUUGUGAGUUGGAUCGGUUUGGAUAAGAUGAUCGAAUGGAGUGUUACCACAGGUGAUUUUUUGGAAUCCAGCAUGGAAUUUGGAGCAUUUUGAGAUCAGACAUGAGGAUGUUUGCAGCAUUUUGAAGAUUUCGGGGACCCCCUUAAGCUUACCAAAAGGGGGGGGGGCAUAAUUUUUCAAAAUUAUCAAAAAAAUAAUCAUACGUGGUAUCAAAAUCAUCAGAAUUCAAAGAACAAUCCGAAAUUUCAGAGUAGAUUUGACUUUUUGAAGAGUUCAGGGUUCGCCUCAAUCUGGGAUAAUUCUUUCCAAAAUUCUCAAAAAUAACCAUAUUUGGUAUCAAAAUUACUAGAAUUCCAAGAAGAAUCCAAAAAUUCCUCUUUCCAGGUCUUUUCUGUCCAAACCUCUUCAUAAUCGAAAGAUUCUACGCCACCUACAACCGCAAAACCUAUGCCAAAUCUGCCCAAAUCCACAUCGCCUUCCUCCUCAUCACCGCCCUCUUCACCUACUCUCUCGUCUCCAUCUUCUACCUCAACCUAUUCUUCAACCUUCACAUCGUCUUCCUCUUCAAUCUCGUCAGUUUCACGCUAUACGUGGCACUCGUUGUGCAAAAUCGUCAAAUCGCCCGUCAAGUUAUCGCAAUUGACACGUAUGAUUUGGCGGAAAGGGCGCAAGUUCGCGAAAAUUUGCGAUUCUUGGGACAAUUGAAAUUUUUCAUGUUCAGUUUGGUGGGUUUCACCUUAACCUUGCCCGGAUUCAUAAUUUAUCUUCAUUUAUUCGAUAUGCCGUGUGAACCGGAGAUUUUUCUGAUCCUUUAUUGCAUGUGAGUUUUGUGGGGCCUUCCACGUGGCAGACCAAAAAUAAAAAAAUUUUGCAGCUACACCAUCAUUGCUCCAACUCAAAACAUGUGCACCUCAACCGCCUACACCGCAUUUUUCCGCAACAUUUUCCGCAGAGCACCUCAAGUUUCCGAGCCCGUGGCUCAGAUUCCCGUCCCCCUGGAGACCUUCUCAACCCAGUCCACCUUGCCUAAAUCAUCCCCGGCCGCCUCCACUUCAGCCCAACCUGGCCCAAUCCCCACCGUCUCUCAAAACAUAACCGUAGUCCAGCCUGCAGUGCAGCCGAAAAGCCCGGAGGCCUUGUUGCCGAAUCAUCGUCAGAAGAUCAGCGGCCCGCCACGAACAGUAUUAUCCUAUCAGAGUCCGCAACAGAAGGCUCAUUUUAACAUGUUGGGUGCUCAGUGGGCUUGA